GCUAAGAAGCACCAGGCUUUUCUAGUGGAGACAUGUGAAAAUAACGUGAAAGAAUUGGAAUCGAUCUUGGACAGCUUUUCUGUGUCAGGCCAAUGGACAUCAGGCAUCCACAAGGACAAAGAUACACCUCCCAGCUUCUCUGUUGUCCUUGAGACUUUGAGACGUACCUUGACAGAUUACCAGAACAAGCUGGAAGAUGCAUCUAAUGAGCUAAGCAACAUGAAUAAUGCUAAGGAAAAGGCAUCUAAUGAACUUGACUCUACCAAACAGAAGAUAGAAUCUCACACUAAAAAUAUAAAGGACCUUCAGGAUAAGCUGGCGGAUGUCAGUAAAGAGUUAAGUCAUUUACGCACUAAAUGUGCAGACAGAGAGGCUCUAAUAAACACUUUGAAAGUGGAACUACAGAAUGUGCUGCACUGUUGGGAGAAAGAAAAGGCACGAGCAGCCCAAUCUGAGAGUGAACUUCAGAAGCUUUCCCAGGCUUUCCAUAAGGAUACCGAGGAGAAGCUAACCUUCCUUCAUACCUUGUAUCAGCACUUGAUAGCAGGCUCUGUGCUCAUAAAACAACCAGAAGGCAUGCUGGAUAAAUUCUCUUGGUCUGAGCUUUGUGCAGUCUUGCAGGAGAAUGUUGAUGCCCUGAUCGUAGACCUCAACAGGGCUAAUGAGAAGAUAAGUCAUCUAGAGUAUAUCUGUAAAAACAAGUCUGAUACGAUGAAAGAGCUUCAGCAAACCCAGGAAGACACCUUUAACAAAGUGGCAGAGCAGAUCAAAGCCCAGGAGAGCUGCUGGCACAAACAAAAGAAGGAACUGGAGCUGCAGUACUCUGAACUCCUCCUGGAGGUACAGAAGAGGGCACAGAAAUUUCAAGAAAUCGCUGAAAAAAAUAUGGAAAAAUUGAACCGUAUUGAGAAGUCACACGAACAAUUGGUGUUUGAAAAUUCCCACUUCAAAAACUUGUUAUCACAGACCAAAAGGGAAAAGACCUCCUUGCUGGCAGCCUGUGCAUUGAUGGCUGGCGCCUUCUAUCCUCUCUACAGCCGAUCAUCUGCCUUAUCUACACAGAGAGAUUUUCUCCAGGAGCAGGUCAACACUUUUGAGUUGUUAAAAUUGGAAGUUAGAACUCUAGCCCAGGCUUUGUCAACAGUAGAAGAAAAGAAGCAAGAGGAAGCCAAGAUGAAGAAAAAAACAUUCAAAGGAUUGAUACGUGUAUUCCGGAAAGGUGUUAUUGCAAUUUUGGCAGCAAACAGGCUCAAAAUUUUGGCCCAGUCGUGUGUCUCUCUUUUUACCUGGAUGGAGAGUUUCAGAGAAGGCAUAGGCGUGUUAGUGUGUACAGGAGAGCUCAAAGACAAGCAUAAAGUUCCAAAACAUCAAAAGGAGCAGUUUCGUUGUUUGCAAGCUCUCAGUUGGCUCACCAGUACGGACCUUCUUGUUGCAAUAAUCAGUUCCAUGGCUGAAUUACAGGAAGCUAUUAGUAAAACAGAUCCAAAUUCCAGAAUUUGUGGACAUUUACUUAUAGGGGCAGCCAAGAAUUCUUUUGCAAAACUCAUGGAUAAAAUCAGUCUGGCAAUGGACAGUAUACCUUUGCACAGCAACAGGAGUAUUACAUAUGUAGAAAAAGACUCCCUGGUUCAGAGGCUGGCCCGUGGACUUCAUAAAGUAAACACACUGGCCCUGAAAUAUGGUCUGCAAGGCCAUGUGCCCGUUUUGAAAAGCACAGCAUCAUUACAGAAGCAAAUAUUUGGAUUUACACAAAGGCUGCAUGCAGCAGAAGUGGAGCGUCGCUCACUGCGCUUAGAGGUCACAGAACUGAAACGGAAUGUGAAUGAAAUGAAGAAGGAGCUUGACAAAGCCCAGGGUCUCCAAAUGCAAUUAAAUGAAUUUAAGCAGUCUAAAUUGAUCACCCAUGAGAAGUUUGAAAGUGCAUGUGAAGAACUGAAUAACGCAUUACUUCGGGAACAGCAGGCUCAAAUGCUACUGAAUGAGCAGGCACAGCAACUACAGGAAUUGAAUUAUAGACUUGAAUUACAUUCCAGUGAGGAAGCUGACAAAAACCAAACUCUUGGAGAAGCUGUUAAGAGUCUCUCCGAGGCAAAGAUGGAGCUGAGAAGAAAAGAUCAAUCUCUGCGUCAGCUCAAUAGACAUCUUACCCAGCUGGAGCAGGACAAGCGUCGACUGGAGGAGAACAUCCAUGAUGCAGAGAGUGCCCUCCGCAUGGCAGCCAAAGACAAAGAAUGUGUUGCUAAUCAUAUGAGAACAGUAGAAGAUAUGCUUCAUAAGGUCAGAGAUCAGAUCUCGCUGUCACGGACUGCGGCAAGUAGGAAUGACUUCACCCUGCAGCUACCCAGACUGCACCUGGAGACCUUUGCAAUGGAGGGGCUCAAGGGCGGGCCAGAGGUUGUAGCGUGCCAGGCUAUGAUUAAAAGUUUCUUGGAUGUGUACCAGCUUGCAAGCGCUAGAAUUGCAACAUUAGAAAAGGAGAUGACAUCUCAUCGAAGUCACAUUGCAACCUUGAAAUCAGAACUUCACACGGCUUGUUUACGUGAAAAUGAAAGUUUACAAUCAACAGGAUCACGAGACCAUUCAAAUCUCUCCAUUCCUUCAAGAGCUGCUCUUCCUGCUGACGCAAUUGAUGUUGGGGAUUUUUUGCCAUUGAAAGCUGAACUUGACACAACGUACACUUUCUUAAAGGAAACACUUAUAAAUCCUGCGCCCCUGGCAUCAUCUCACUCGUCUCCAGUGACGAUGUCUGCUACUGCCAAGCGACCAGCUCAGAUUGGAUUAUGA